AUGACACCGAGCAGGCACAAGGACCAUAAAGGUACUCGGCCUCGCAUUUCCGCCAAGGACCCGAAGCUCGCCACAAUCCUCGUUGGACCAGCCGAAGAGAAGUUCGUCAUACACGAAGAGCUUCUGACAUACUAUUCCGGGUUCUUCCGCGCAGCUUUGACCGGUCGCUUCAAAGAGGCUGAAGAGAAGACUGUGCAUUUGAAGGACGACAAUACCCACAUCUUCGAAUUUUUCGUGCACUGGCUCUAUCAUCAGCGCUUCCCCGUCGCAAAUGACGCUGACGAGCUGUACAAAUUGUGGAAAGGAGUCUCGAACAACAAAGAGGCGCAGACGAAUAACCUCAUUCGCCUUCACGUCUUCGGUGAUACAUACGACGUCCCCAAGCUGAAAGUGUCGACGAUGACCACCCUCUGCAAAUAUGCUCUUAGACCCUGCAAUGAUGUCGCACUACCCAAGGCGCACAUGGUUAGGUUUGCAUUCGAAAAUCUUCCGGAGGGUUCCCCACUUUGUACCUUUCUGGUCGACACAUACUGCGACGAGGCGACCAAGUGCACCUGGACGGGUUUUGCUCAGGAGAAUUGGCCGUCGGCAUUCAUAUCGAGAGUUCUCUGCCAAUACACCGAGUAUGCGUUUGGCAAACGAAGCAAGAACGACUCUAUCUGUUCGUGCGACUAUCACAACCAUAAGACGGAUGAAGAGCGACGCUCUUGCCAUGAACACUGGCGGCGGAGAAGGAAGCGUUAG